AUGCUUGCCUGGAUUACAUCUUCUUACUGUGACACACAACAGGUAGGCAACACACGAAAACAUCUCAACAUAAGGGAUCAUCGAUGGACCCGUGCCGCCAACAAUGACUUAAGCAAUGCUUCACACGCUGGUAGUCCACCCACUCCCCGUCGAAGAAGCACAUCGGAAGUAGCAAACUGCAGCAAAUCAGUCAACGCAAGUACCGCAAUUCUUCACUUGCCAACUUCUUCCUUGAGCCCGAAUCCGGCCGUCUCUCGAAUUCGACUACAUCGCCAUAUAUACCUCAAAAGCUUCCUCGAUGAAAGCACUGUAUCAGGGUCAGCUGAGGGGAGAUAUGUGUAA